UUGUCUUGUAUCAGAAAUUGUUAUUUAUAAUACAUUCUAUACACAGAAUUCAUUAGCAUUUCAAUAAUGAUAGAAAAAUAUGGAAAUUAUUCUCGAUCAUCAUGUUUGUUAUUUAAUUAUUCAUUAAGAAAAUUUUCCACAAAUUUUAAACAAUUUCGUUUAUUUAUGAAUCGUUGGAUUUCUAUUGGACAAAUAUUUCAUGCAUUAUUGAACUUGUGUUUCUUUAUAUUUAUAUUUGAUAAAUUAAUCAAUAUCAAUCGUCCAUUAUGGCAGCUAAUAAUCUCUAUAUUGAUGAUACAAUUAUUGCCAAUUUCAAUGAAUUUUACAGCAAUUUUUGCAUAUAGUCCAUUCUUUAUUGGAUCAUAUACAAUGAUGUUGGGCAUGAAAACUGUACGACAAAUUCGUAUGGAUAUACGAAAAAUAUUGACAUUAUAUGAAUGGAUUACAAAUAAACGAAAAAAAUUAAAUAUCAAUGAUCGAAUGAAUAUACGAUUAAUUGAAUAUAACAUAAAUCGUUUAUUAAAGCUAUAUACACGUUUAAUAAUAUUUAGUGAAGAAAUACAACUUUAUAUGUCAAGAUUAAUAUUAUGGAUAUUGAUUAUCGGUACUGUUGGAACACAGCUAGUUUUAUAUCUGUUGAAACAGAUACAAAAUGAUCAAAUUUUCUUAAUAUUUUUUCUAUAUUAUACAUUGGUAUGUUAUUUUAAUUUUAUCAUCGCAUUAACAUAUUUCAUAUCGAAAUUCAAUUCAAAAUUGAAUGCAAUACGUUUUGAUUUACAACGAAUGAUCAUAGUGAUUGAUAAACAAUCAUGUAGAAGAUUUAAAUUUCUAAUCAUGAAUUAUUAUGAACGUAUGGUGAAUAUCAAACCAUGGGGCAUUAAAAUCGGUACAAUUACCGUAUUGACUAAAGGAAUAUUCUGUAAGCUAAUGUUAUUCUAUGCACGUUUUACAAUGUUAUCAUCGAAAUUGUCUGGUUAACCACAACAAUCAAAAUUAAAAUCAAAACCAAAACACAUCGUCGAGUGGAAAACAAAAUUUUAACGAAUAAAACUUGCUGUUACGUUGUUA